AUGAUGAUGCCGGAGGUUGAAGUUGAGGAAGUGGUGGAAGAUGGCGUUUUGGUUCCUCCCUCUAAUUUCUCUACGGUUGAGAGAGGGAUUUACAGAUCUGGUUUCCCCAAUGAAUCCAAUUUCGGUUUCCUCGAAACCCUAAAUCUUCAAUCAAUCAUAUACUUAUGUCCUGAACCCUAUCCAGAAGUUAACUCUCAGUUUAUUCGAAGUCAUGAUAUCAAGCUUUUCCAGUUUGGGAUUGAUGGAAACAAGGAGCCUUUUGUGGCUAUUCCCAAGGAUGUCAUCAAGGAGGCUCUGAAAGUCCUACUUGAUGUCCGAAAUCAUCCAGUUCUGAUCCAUUGCAAUCGUGGAAAGCAUCGAACAGGUACCCUAGUAGGUUGCUUGAGGAAAUUGCAGAAUUGGUGCUUGCCUUCUGUAUUUAAGGAGUACCAACAGUUUGCCGGUGUCAAAGCAAGGGUAUCUGAUAUGAGAUUUAUCGAGAUGUUUGAUGUUUCAUCAUUGAGACAUGGUCUGUACAGCAUCAUCUACCAUUACCAGGGUUGUAAUGGGGUACACAAUAGACACUUGGUUUUACAAAGAAGAUUACUUAUUAAAGCCGUAGAUAACUUCACGUUGAAUUGAAUUAGAUAUA